AUGCUGCGUGCGUUCCUGGUGAUCAUGACUUUGGCUGGAGUGGCAAAAGCCGACGAGCAACUGUAUGGAGGGUGGUCUAGCGCCGCCAUCACGCCGGAUACUCGUGCAGUCUUGCUGCAAGCUUUGUCAACGACAAACGUUUGUGUGAGCUCGAUCGUGUCGGUGAGAAGCCAAGUGGUUGCUGGAACGAAUUAUGAAUUCCGGAUCGACGGUUGUCGCGGCGUACGCGGUGGAGAUUGUGCCAGUGUUUCGUGCGUGUCGCCGCGUGCACUGGUGGUGAACGUCUUCGACCAGCCGUGGACUCGCACAACUCGCGUCUCAGUGUCGGGUGCCUAG